AUGGUGAGGUCGCCUGUGGAUGAUGUACCGGGAGGCCAGAACCAGUCAGCUUUUGCCGAAGGUGACUCGAGCGACAAAAAUGAUAUUCAGGAAAACGAUGAGGAUGACGAAGAGGCUCCGCUGAUCCUGAGACGGCGCGGUGAUGUCAUUGGCAGCAGUCAAGCGUUGUUGACCCUGACAAAGAGCUUCGUCGGUACUGGGUGUUUGUCCAUUCCGUUUGCUUGGAAACAAGCUGGCUUGUUGGUCGCGUUCGUUCUCCAGCUGGUUGUGUCACUAAGCAAUUGGUAUUGCAGUCUCAUACUGUCUCGUUCUUCACAGCGUCUGGCUUUACAGUAUGUUGUGAACAUAACGAUACUGUUGUACCAGGUUGGUUGUUCUGCAGUGCCUAUAGUAUUCAUGGCUACCAACAUCUCCAAGAUCGUCUCUGAACAGUUUGGCUCUAAUCUCAGUCAGAUUGAAUACGCUAGCAUGUUGCUGGUGCCUGUUGUGGCUGUGAAUAUGAUCGCCGAGAUGCGUUUCGUCAGCUGGCUGGCGAUCACUUCGUCGGUGUUAUGGUUCGUCGGCGCAUUGCCAUUGUUUUACCAAUGCCUUCAGCAGCCGUCGCAGUGGCAAACAGUUCCGCUGUCGACCGACUUUUGGUCGACAGUGAUGUUCGUAGGAACUGUGAUGUACGCGUACGAAGGGCAGACCAUGGUGCUGCCGGUGGAGAACAAGUUAAGGCAUCCGGAUGACUUUAUUGCCCCGUGUGGCGUAUUGACGACUCUCAUGGUCCUCGUGACGGUCAUUUUCACGGCACUGGGUUUCUACGGCUAUACGGCGUACGGCGAGCAGACAAAGGGUACGCUUUCUUUGAAUAUGCCGGACAACUAUCUUUUCGCUGGCGUUACGAUCUGUUUCAUAUUGAUGGCGUUCUUCGCACAUCCAGUCAACCUCUAUGUGAUCUUCGACAUGCUGUGGCCUGGAUUUCGGCGAAAAAUGGUCACUAAGUGGCUUCCAAUGAUGGCAGAUCACCAGCGAUUGCUGUCAGUGCUUUUUCGUACAUUCUGGGUGCUGGUAACCUAUGUGUUCGCUAUCGCUGUGCCACGUAUCGACUCGAUCGUGUCGCUAGUCGGCGGAACAGCCGGCAUGCUCUGUGCCUUCGUGUACCCACCGCUUUUCGAGUGCAUUACGUUCUGGCACGAAUGGCGCCUCGCCGAAGGACGACGCUGGUACUUCUUCUUCAAAGUUACGAUCAACGUGACGCUGAUGUCCGUCGGAAUAGCCAUGAUCUUCCUCGGCCUGACAGCGAAUAUCAAGUAUUUACCUGAAGAUUCUGCGUAA